AUGACAGCGGGGUUUGGUUUGGGAAGGGUCCUGAUUCGUCUUGUAUGUGGUACCCGCGACGAAGGUGGGUGUUGCGAUGUGGCGAUGUUCGAUGCCACGAUGAGGCACACAGUAGGUUGGUAUGCCGUUGCAGGCUCCGCAGCUGUCGCCGUCGUGCCAGUGCUGUACGUCUCUUUAUACGUGUUGGCAGGGAAGCGAAAGACUUUGAUCCUCCGCACCGCCCAUUCCCUGUCACAUCUUCCCGCAGAUCUCAGUGCUGAUAGUGAUAAUGCGGCCUGUUCGCCGUUUCUUCCCACUCCACGGGCGGUGUUAGCCUUGCGGCGCGUUCUCGAUGCAGAGCGGGCCACUGAUGUGGAGUUUGCAAAAGUAUUUUCUUCUGAGCUGGUAAAUGCGUACGUGGAUGUGGUGUUUCGCGGUCUUCUGCGCUCCUGUUGUCGCCACUGCAUGUUCCACGUGAGUGUCUUUCUGGUGUGUACUGUACUUGCAACAAGUAAUGAUCGUGUGGUGGGUGAUGCGAGCAGCAGUAGCAGUUCAAUUGCCGCAGCCGACACGGCGAUGAGUGGCUCACUUCUUGACUUCUUUCGGCAAAUGUGGUCGCAGUUGCGCCAUGGUGCUUUGCUGCGGUGUGCUGUGGAAGGGGUGUCAACUCCAUAUGCAUUUUUCAAUUUUAGUUUGUCGAGUCCUCGCAUGCUUGAGAGGUGCUUUCCAUGGAUUGGCACCAUUCAUUACGCCGUGUCCCACUGUGCUAUCCCAGGCGUUUGUUUAUUUGGCCGUUGGCGGUCGCCUGACGCGGCGGAUCGCGUUUGGCGUGUAAUGACCCCAAAAGGCUUUGCCGCAAUGUGGUGUUGUCGUUGUUUGUCGGACUUGUUUCAACCGAAUUAUUCUGCGACAAAGAAUGAUACCGCAGAGUACUCUUUGCAAGGGGGAGGUGGCGAGAGGCACACGUCGUGUAGAGUCCUCUAUUCUGGAGACUGCAAUGGCGUAGAUACAGAGAGAGAGCAGACGCAUAAAGAAACUUGCAAGGUGCCUUUGCCGCGUUCGCUGAUUCCAUUCGUGCUGCGCACAGGUAGAACCUCCACGGUGGUGUUUGCCGUGACAUCUUACGCCUCUAGGACAAAUCUUUCAUGGCUACCAUUUCCAUGUGCUGGUGGCCCGCAGUAUGUGGCUUUGUGUUAUACAGAGAUGGCGUUGCUGCUAAUUGGCUUAUCUUUUGCUAUGUUCCGCCGAGCCGUGGAUCACUCGCUGCGGCAACGUUAUAAACGUCACGCUGUCACGGUUUAA